GCAUAAAUAUCCAUGGGCAGAGAAAACAAAACUUAUCUGACUGAAUUCAUCUUGCUGGGCCUUUCUUCAGAUCAUCAGACCCAGAUCCUGCUGUUUGUGGUAUUUCUCAUCAUCUAUCUGCUAACGGUGUUUGGGAAUCUACUUAUCAUACUCCUAAUUCACAUUGACUCUCAGCUUCAUACACCAAUGUACUUCUUCCUCAAAAAUCUGUCAUUUACUGAUUUCUGUUUCUCUACAACUAUUGUUCCUAAGAUGCUAUCCCAUUUUCUGGUUAUAAGAAAGACCAUUUCAUUUAUUGGGUGCUCAACUCAGAUGUUUUUCUUUCUAGUAAUGGGGUGUACUGAAAGUUCACUUUUAGCAGUGAUGUCCUAUGACCGCUAUGUGGCAGUCUGCAAGCCCCUGCACUACUCUGCCAUCAUGACCCACAGGGUUUGUGUUUUGCUAGUCAUAGGGUCUUGGGUUAGUGGAGUAUUUGUAUCUUUAGUAGAUACCACUUUCACUUUAUGUCUCCCAUACCAGGGGCCAAAUAUAAUUAAUCAUUACUUUUGUGAGCCUCCUGCUCUUUUGAAACUGGCAUCUGAAGACACCUACAAAGCGGAGAUGGCUCUCUUUGCAAUGGGUGUAAUAAUCCUCCUAGGUCCUGCCUCUCUCAUUCUUUUCUCCUACAGGAAUAUUAUCUCAACUGUGAUUCAAAUACAGUCAGGGGAAGGGAGGCUUAAGGUCUUCUCUACCUGUGGUUCCCAUUUUAUUGUGGUUAUCUUCUUCUAUGGGUCAACAAUAUUUACUUACAUGCAGCCAAAUUCAAAGAAAAUGAAUGAAGGGGAUAAGGUGAUCUCAGUGUUCUACUCAGUCAUAACUUCCAUGAUGAACCCAUUUAUUUAUAGCCUAAGGAACAAGGAUGUGAAGGAAGCUUUAAGGAGAGUAAUUAGAAGAUAG